AUGAAAGAGUUCAAGCAGAGGGAAGAGCAGGAGCCGCAAACCAAAAGGGAGAGUGAAGACAAGAGCAUCACUGUAAACAUUGACAUCCCUGAUGUUCUCAAGAAGAAGCUGGAGGAUGACUGUUACUAUAUCAACAAAAGAAAGAAGCUGGUGAAGCUUCCAUGCCUGAUGAAUAUAGUAAACAUUCUGGAGUCCUAUGUGAAGCACUUCACCCUAAAUGCAGCUUUCUCAGCUAAUGAGCACUGUCGGCACCCUCAGAGCUCCACACAGACUAAUAUGAGUCCACACUAUAUGCCACCUGAGAGGAACGAGGAGCUCUGUAAAGAAAUGGUGGAUGGUUUGAGGAUAACAUUUGACUUUACCCUUCCACUAAUCCUACUCUACCCAAGUGAACAAGCUCAGUUCAAAAAAGUCAGCUCCUCCAAGUUCUUCCAGCCAGUCAUUGACAGCGCAACCUGCACCAGUAGGACUUUCAGAGAACGAUCCCCCAGUCCUGGCCAGAAUCCCUCUACUCCCCAGUCCACAGACAGCCAACCAGCUCUGAGUGAAUCCUCCAGUGUCCCCGUCAUCAUGGCAACCCCACCUAAGCGAAGACGCUGUGCCUACCUGGAUUCCGAUUCCACCCAAUCUUUGCGUCGCUCAACACGCAAUACAUCUGGAGGGGAUCGAGCGGCAGAGCCUGGGGGUGGAGGCAGCAGCAAUGCCUCUCCUCAACCAAAGCGAAGGCCUGCUGAGGUGCAGGCACCACUACCCAAGUUCUUCCUCAACCUAGAGAAGAGUGAGUCACACUUUCUGUGUCCUGUUUUAUUUAUUAAAAAGAGCCGGAGACUCACAGCGCCUUCAAAACAAUCCAACCGAGGUGCGUAGACCAAAAAAGUUUCUCAAAGAGUAAAAUACUUGAAAAAAGCCCGCACACUCUCAAAAAUCAAAAGAGAUGAAAGCAGUGUAAGCAAUUUAAUGAAAAAAACAUGGCAAACGUUUCGGUCACAUGUUGACCAUUUUCAAUGCCAAGCUUAACAGUGUUGGAACUGGGAACAUCUUGAUUUAAGAAAUCACAUGAUGAUUUAGGAGAUCACAUGAUCAAACCAGAACUGA